CCCACGUGACAACUCUGACUGCUGCGUUUCUUAUUUCCGGACAUGCAAAAAGUGCUGGAUCAACUUAAAUCAAAGACGUCUCUUCGCAUUUAUUGCAGGCAUUACCGUGACCACGAACUCGUGGACAGCACACCUAGCAGAUAUCAACGACUACCAGGAAAGCGCUGAACAUCAUUGUCAACGGACCUGAACAUCAUUGUCAACGGACUGUUCGCCAGACCACAGAAACUCCCCAACGACUGAAACGAGUUAUAGUCUCAUGGAUAAAGCCAGAGAAACAUGAGAAAGAAAGACAGACAAGAUUCAUAAUUUGCUAUCGUCACUGGGGUUUGAACCCCCAAACCAUGGAAAUAAUGUUUACAUUGUGGGACAAACAUUUAUUUCAAUAUCUCGAUAAUCAUUGUCAUUCACUGGCAGUCCAACUAUGAUAGUAAUUAGAACACACUAUGGCACUGACUUUAAUUGUUUUGCUCUCAGAAUAUUUUGUGUCCAUGUCUCAUAGUACAUGUAACUGAUGUCCACUUUGCACUUGAAAAUGUGAGACGUCUUAAAGAAAGACUUCAGACAGAGAAAAUUGAUCUGAUUUUGCUGUCUGGUGAUAAUGCAGACAUGACUAUGGAUCCCAAAGCACCACCAGACAUUGUGGAGAAACAUGAAAAUGACAUGAGACAAGUUGUAGAGGGUUUAGAGUCUAUCCACCCAACCGUCAUCUACAUUCCAGGAAAUCACGAUGCAGUGACUACAUUUCGUGAUGAUCCUCCCCAAAUGACACCACAGUCUAUUAGUCUGCACAAACGAUCUGUACAGCUAACGCCUAGCCUUCGUCUCAUUGGCUUUGGAGGCAGUGUUCCUGGCGUUCAAAAUGGAGAAAAGGUUUUUGAAGGUUUCCCUUACCAAACUGAGGAAGAAUUUGCUGAGGAGUUUUUGCCUGCCAUUGAGCAGUUCCAGCUAAGUGAUUUUUUGGGAUCAACUAUCUUGAUGACCCACAUUGGACCUGCUAGUUUGGGCACUGCUGUUGAUCGCUCUGAUAUUCUAAAUCCUGUAGAAAUGGGAAGCACAACACUUCGAAAAACAAUGGAGUCGGCUGCACUACAAAAAACUGUCUUUCUUCAUAUUCAUGGUCAUAGCCAUGGUGCACCCGGUAGCAUCAAAGUUGGAAGAACCACCAUUGUGAAUCCAGGUCCACUUAGGUAUGGCUGUUUUGCUCUCUAUACAGUCGCACAACAAUUGCCUGACAGUGUAUGGAAGCUGAGCGAAUUGACAAUAGGUCGCGUUGAAUAACUGGCUAUCUUGACAAAAUUUCAUAUUAUUGAAUGUUUGAAUCAAUAAAUUAGCAUUUUUCACUAGUACAUGCAUGUCUUCUGCAUAAUAUACAAUCCUUGUAUGAACUAAUAAUUAGAUUACUAAUCUGUGUAAUACCAGCUGGAGACUGG